UGUCAUGAGAGGUGAUGACACAGCCACGGAGACAGAUCCACAUCCUCGCUGACUCCCAGGUUCUCCGCUCGCCGCUGCGUCUGCUGCGUCCCACAGAGCAGAGAGAGAGCCAAAGAUAGCCUCCUCUCUCCCCCUCUCUUUUUUCACUUUGUUUGUGGAGGAUUUUAAUCAUGUGGAAGACAGCUGAGCGGCUCUUCUGGAUUUCGCUGACGCUGCGCCUGGUCCCGCCUGGCCUCCUCUGAGCAGGAUGGACACACUGGAGUCAGAGCUGACUUGCCCAAUCUGCCUGGAGCUCUUUGAAGACCCACUGCUGCUGCCCUGCGCUCACAGCCUGUGUUUCGGCUGCGCCCAUCGCAUCCUCAUCUCUCACUGUGCCACCAACGAAUCAGUUCUGAGCAUCGGCGCCUUCCAGUGCCCCACCUGUAGAUAUGUCAUCUCCUUGAGUCCUGAGCGUGGACUAGAAGGACUAAAGAGAAACGUGACCUUGCAGAACAUUAUUGAUAGAGUACAGAGGGCCUCAUCCUCGGCUGGGAUCCCUCUUCCGCUGGCGUUGCCUGCGCCCCACAGCGGGCCCAACUCUCCCGGAGAGGAAGGGAGAGACCGGUUGGCGUUGGUCCCGUUCAGUGCCGCCAUGUCCAGCCCGGGCACGCCUCCUGAGCCCAUCCAGUGCCAGUUCUGUGAGCAGGACCCGCCACAGGAUGCCGUGAAAACGUGUGUGACGUGCGAGGUGUCGUACUGCGAGGAGUGCCUCCGAGCAACGCACCCGAACAAGAAGCCGUUCACCGGCCACCGGCUCAUCGAGCCCAUGCCAGACUCCCACCUCAGGGGGCUGCAGUGCCUGGAGCACGACGAGGAGAAGGUGAACAUGUACUGUGUCACGGACGAUCAGCUGAUCUGCUCGCUGUGCAAACUGGUGGGAAGGCACCGAGACCACCAGGUGGCAGCGCUGAGCGACCGCUAUGAAAAACUCAAGCAAGCCCUGGACUCCAACCUGAGCAAUUUGAUCAAGAGGAACAAUGAGCUGGAGUCUAUCAUGGGGAAACUGAUCCAGACUUGUCAACAUGUAGAGGUGAACGCGACCCGUCAGGAGGGCAAGCUCCUGGAGGAGUGUGAUGUCCUGAUCGAAAUUAUCCAGCAGAGGAGGCAGAUCAUCGGGAGCAAGAUCAAGGAGGGGAAGACACAAAGGAUUCGGAAGCUCGCCCAACAGAUCUCCAACUGCAAGCAGUGCAUCGAGAGGUCCUCGGCCCUCAUCACGCAGGCCGAUCAGACGCUGAAAGAAACUGAUCACGCGCGCUUCCUGCAGACCGCCAAGUGCAUCAACGAGAGGGUUUCAAUGGCAUCAGCAUCAACUCAAGUGCUGAUCCCUGAGAUAAACCUAACGGACACCUUCGACACGGUCGCCCUGGACUUCACCAGAGAGAAGAAGCUGCUGGAAAAUCUGGAUUACCUUACUGCUCCGAAUGCUCCGUGCAUACGGGAAGAGUUGUGCACGGCGUCCUACGACACUAUCUCUGUCCACUGGACGUCUGAUGAUGAGUUCACGGUGGUAUCCUAUGAGCUGCAGUAUGCUAUCUUUACUGGACAGUCUAACAUUGCCAGUCUGUGUAACUCUUUGGAGAGCUGGAUGAUUGUUCCCAACAUCAAGCAGAACCACUACACGGUGCACGGUCUGCAGAGCGGCACCAAGUAUAUCUUCGUUGUCAAGGCCAUUAACCAAGCAGGAAGCAGGAGCAGCGAGCCGGGGACUCUGAAGACCAACAGCCAGCCCUUCAAGCUGGACCCCAAAUCGGCCCACAAGAAGCUGAAGGUGUCCCACGACAACCUGACGGUGGAGCGCGACGAAACCACGUCCAAGAAGGGCCACAGCCAGGAGCGCUUCACCAGCCAGAACAGCUACGGCGUGGUGGGGAACGUCUACAUCGACAGCGGCCGCCACUACUGGGAGGCUUUGAUCGGAGGGAGCACAUGGUACGCUGUGGGUAUUGCCUACAAAUCAGCUCCAAAGCACGAGUGGAUCGGCAAGAACUCGGCCUCCUGGGUGCUCUGCCGCUGCAACAACUCCUGGGUGGUUCGCCACAACAGCAAGGAGCUGGCCAUCGAGCCCUCGCCCCACCUGCGGCGCGUCGGGAUCCUGUUGGACUACGACGCCGGCUCCGUGAGCUUCUACGACGCCGUGGGCUCCCAGCACCUGCACACAUUCCACGUGUCCUUCGUGCAGCCCGUGUGCCCCGUGUUCAACGUGUGGAAUAAGUGUCUGACGAUUCUGUCCGGCCUACCCAUCCCGGACCACCUCGAGGGGCUGGAGCUCGACAACUGAAAUCUACGGACUGGCGAGAAUAAAUACGAAUGAACUGGACGGUUAUUUUGUUAAAGCUGCAUUGGGUAGGACUUGUGGAAAUGAUCAUCUUUGGAUAGAGAACAGAAGAGUAUCCCAUGUUUUCAAAUCAGAUUUGCUCUAGUUAUAUUACAUGUUUGCACCUAGAGGUAAUACAAAAAACAUUUAAAAUCACUCUCUCUAUCCAAAUAAUUCAAAGACCAGUUGUGCAAAAUGACCUAGUGCAGCUUUAGUAUGUGAAGAAGAGAUGUCUGGAGUGAUGUCUUAUCAAGCUUCUCGUGUGAUUUUCAGUUGAUUUCUUAUAGCAAAUAUAGCUCUGGUUCAUGUAUUGUUUGACUCAAGACGGAUUGAUAGGGAGCAGCAGUCGAUCCAGGAGGACCAGGAAAAGGACGGAGCUGAGCCAGGAAUUCUUACUCUAACGGAGCGUCCACACAGCAGCGUUAAAAAAAUCUUCUAACGCUUCUGCCCAUUCACUUUGAAUGGGGUGACGUCACUUUGCCUCAC